UUGGAGGGGGCGGGGCGGAUUGCCCCUCGGCUCGCUUCCUGCUCGCGAUCACGCGGAGGUGGUGGAGAGUGACCGAGCGGAAUGAGAGAGGCGAUGGUUGUUGUUGAGAGUGGAUGAGAUGGUUGUUGUUGAGAGUGGUUGAGAUGGUUGUUGUUGAGAGUGGUUGCGAUGGUUGUUGUUGAGAGUGGUUGCGGUGGCCGUGAUGGUCAAGCUUUGGUGGUUGCGGUUCGUUGCUGAGAAUUGUGCUUGAUUGUUGCGGCGGUUUAGUGUGCGUUUGUGUAUUGUGAUCGAUCGUUGUAGUAAGGGUGUUGUGGUUGGGUUUGGUAGUGGUCGAGUGUUGUGGCCGCGUAUGGCGGUGGAUUGAGUGUUGCGGCCUGGUGGUGGUGGUAGUGGUGGUUAAGUGUGGUGGUGGUUGAGUGUGGUGGUGGUUGAGUGUGGUGGUGGUUGAGUGUGGUGGUGGUUGAGUGUGGUGGUGGUUGAGUGUGGUGGUGGUUGAGAAGAUGGGGGACUCUGGUGAGCGAGCCCCGCUGCUCCACUACCGCCUGCUCAGCGUCGCGGAAGCCGCGCCGCCCCGCGCCGAGCCCAGCGGGAAGCUGAACACCUUCUUCGGGGUCGUGGUGCCCACGCUGCUGUCCAUGUUCAGCGUGGUGCUCUACCUGCGCAUCGGGUUCGUGGUGGGCCAGGCCGGGCUGCUGGAGAGCCUGCUCAUGUUCGUGGUUGCGUACGUCAUCAUUGGCCUCACCGUGCUGUCCGUCUGCGCCAUCUCCACCAACGGCGCCGUGCAGGGUGGAGGCGUCUAUUUCAUGAUCAGCAGGGCACUGGGCCCGGAGUUUGGAGGCAGCAUCGGGGUGAUGUUCUUCCUGGCCAACGUGUGCUCCAGCGCCGUCUUCUUGCUCGGCCUCACUGAGGCCAUCAUGGACUCGUUUCGGAAAAGGCCUGACUUCCCGCACGGCCUGCCGGACGCGUACAUCUGGGUCGUGCUCUACGCCUCGUGCCUCCUGCUCAUCUGCCUCGUCGUGGUGUUGGUCGGUGCCGACAUCUAUUCCAAAGCAGCGUUCAUCAUCUUCCUGUGCGUCAUACUCGUGCUGCUCACCGUCUUCAUCUCCUUCUUCGCCGUGCGGAACCGGCACAUCGUCAUCAAGCAUGGCAACAUCACCAUGAACCUCAACUACAGCGGCCCCAGCCUCGGCACGCUCCACGACAACCUCAAGGAACAUUACACUCAAGAUUACACAACGGGUGUUACAAUGACUUUUGCUUCCGUCUUUGCCAUCAUGUUCAACGGCUGCACGGGCAUAAUGGCUGGCUCCAACAUGUCCGGGGACCUAAAGGACCCGAGCUACGCAAUCCCACGCGGCACCAUCGCUGCCGUGGUGUUCACGUUCUGUGUGUACGUGCUGCUCUGCUUCAUGGUCAGCUGCUCCUGCCCCAGGGAUUUGCUGCUGUACAACUACGUCUUCAUGAGAGACAUCAACGUGUGGGGCCCCUUCGUCACCAUCGGCAUUUACGCCGCGUCGCUCUCCGCCGCCAUGAGCUGCCUCAUCGGUGCCUCGCGAGUGCUGCACGCCGUCGCACUUGACGAUAUCUUCGGCGUUCUGCUGAAGGUGGUGAAGCGGACGUCACGCUCUGGGAACCCCUGGGUGGCCGUGCUUGUCUCCUGGUUCCUCGUGCAGCUGGUGCUGUUUGCGGGGCAGCUGAACACCAUCGCAGGCAUCGUGACCGUAUUCUUCCUGAUCGCGUACGCCACCGUGGACCUCGCGUGCCUGGCCAUGGAGUGGGCCUCCGCCCCCAACUUCAGACCGACGUUCCAGUUCUUCUCAUGGCACACCUGCCUGCUGGGCAUGGUGGGCUGCCUCAUCAUGAUGUUCAUCAUCAGCCCCAUCUACGCGUCGGCCAGCAUCGCCGUUAUGCUGCUGCUGCUCGUCUUCAUCCACUACCGUUCGCCCUCCAGCAGCUGGGGAUACAUCAGCCAGGCACUCAUCUUCCACCAGGUUCGCAAGUACCUCCUGCUGCUCGACAUCCGUAAAGACCACGUCAAGUUCUGGAGGCCACAGAUCCUGCUCAUGGUCGCCAAUCCCCGCUCCAGCUGCCACCUCAUCCACUUUGUCAACGAUAUCAAGAAAGGCGGCCUCUACAUCCUGGGGCACGUGGAGGUCGGGGACCUGGACUCGAUCCCGUACGACCCCCUGGAGAGCCAGGUGAACUACUGGCUCAGCCUGGUGGACAAGCUGAACGUGAAGGCGUUCGUGGACAUCACGCUGUCACCCACCGUGCGCCAGGGCGUGCAAAACCUGCUGCGCAUCGCCGGCCUGGGGGGAAUGAAACCCAACACGCUCUUCCUGGGCUUCUACGACGACUGCGUCCCCGACGACUACUUCCUGAGCGAGCCGGCAUUUGCAGCACCGCACGGCCCAAGCUGCGAGCGCGACGACCCCGAUCACUUUGGGGUGGACACCUCCUCGCUGCUGGCUCACUUCCCUCCCGUGCACGCCCUGGAGUCACCGAAGGCGCUUUCGGUACGGGAGUACGUGGCCGUGGUGUCGGACGCCAUCAAGAUGAAGAAGAAUGUCUGCCUCUCGCGCUACUUCCACGAGCUGGACAUGGCGCUGGUGCGCGGCAAGCGCAGAGGGGCGCCCUCCGUCUCCAUCGAUGUGUGGCCCCUCAACCUGCUGCGGCCCGACUCGGCCUACUACGUGGACGUCUGCAGCCUCUUCCUGCUGCAGAUGGCCUGCAUCCUCAACAUGGUGUCCUCGUGGCGCCACGCCAAGCUGCGUAUCUUCCUGUGCGUCGAGUCGUCCCUGUCCGGAGGUGUGUGCGAGUCGAGCGACGAGGCGCGCUGGAGGAACAAGGAGGAAAAGCUGCGGGAGCUACUGUCCCAGCUGCGCAUCAAGGCCUCCAUCCACACCGUGCACUGGGAUCAGGUGGUGGCGUUGCACUGGAGCCGCCAGCCGGGAGGGGGGGGCUCGUACGACCACCUGGAUGACGACGACGUCGCGAUGAGCGACAUUGGAGGCCUCCAUGGUGCCGACGGAUUCCCAGCGAGGGAGCGAGAGGGCGCCGAUCGGGUGAGGAAACGGCCUCUGAAGAGGGACGAGAGACUGGAAGAGGAAGAGGACGACGGUAGUGGCGGCGGUUCGAGUGAGGAGGAUCAUUCCAGGAGCUCGUUGAAGGCGACGCUUAACUGGAUGGCGAUGUCCGAUGAGUAUCUGCGCGCGGUGAACCGCCUGGUGCUGGGCCAGGAGCUCGUCGAGCAGACGGGCACAGCCGAUGGGCGGCAGUGCGCCGUCCGUUUCCUCUACCUGCCCAGGCCGCCCGCUGACCCGGCCGGCUACGAGCGCUACCUGCACCAGCUCGAAACCAUCACCGACGGGCUGGGGCCCACGCUGCUCAUCCACGGCGUGUCGCAGGUCACCAGCCUCGACAUGUAAGUUGUCGGGGCCCGCGGCGCCCGGGGUCUUGGCCAUUUCGAGUCGCCAGGUCCGCCGUGGAACGGAGACUCGCGAGUCUCUCCAUGAACGUCACACGUGAGAUUGCGCGGACCCUAGCGUACGGGAGACCUGCGUGCCGGUGCCUGUGUGCCGGUGCCUGUGUGCCGGCAGCUCGAUGCCUGGCAUGCGAUGUGGGCGUUAAGCACGGGCAGCGGGGCCUGAGUGGCAGGCACGCCUGGUUCACCUGUGGUUUUCUGUAUGUGCCGUCUCCCCUGGUUUGUCUUUUAAAUAUAUUUCUUUUGCGUCGCUCUGCAUUGUAUUGCUUGAGUCCGUUGAUCACUAAUAAGGGUGUAACUGACCACUAAUAAUCCCCCCUUUUGUUAAAAUUGCGUUGUGAUAUGUAGCGUGCGGUCGCUAAAAUAUUAAAUAAAGCGUUGGCUUUACGAAUAGAGAACCCUCCUCCAUUACGGCACCCCCUCCAUAGUCAAGUUUACUUAUCCUCAGCCUCUUUGAAAUUGUAUUUGCUUAAAAGUGCCGGGUGAAAUCAUAGCUGAAAGUGUCACAGUCCUCAAAUAAACAUUGGGCAGCCCUCAGCUCUACUAAAGUGUCACCCACGUGUCACUUGAGUGUCACCCACGUGUCACUUGAGUGUCACUUGAGUGUCACCCGCGUGUCACCCGCGUGUCACCCGCGUGUCACUAGUGUCACCCGCGUGUCACUUGAGUGUCACCCGCGUGUCACUAGUGUUAUCCCCUAAUUGCCACUACAGUGUCGCUCAAGUGUCGCCCGAGUGUCACUAGAGUGUCACCUGCCCUAAGCAUCACUCAUAAAUUAUCGAUCCCAAUUUUCCCGAGGACCAAAUCUUCUUGAGUGGGUUGGAUGGGGUUGAGCCUGGUUAGUUCAUGAAUGGCUGAACAGGGCUUGUCAGAUGUUGUAGGCAAUUGGUUGCGAGGUGGCCUCUUUUAAUUUAAUCAGUGAGGUUUGCGAGGAGCGCUGCGUGUGUUAAUUUAGACCUUUGCUUUGCACACUAAAUUAAUAUCACUUGUGUCUUUGUAUCCAUGCAAUAGGAAUGCUUUGACCUAUGUAAGGAGCACGAUGCACUUGAUGAUUUUUGUAAGGAACUGAAACCACUGGGUACUUUAGCAGAGAAACGAAUUGGGAAGAGUGGGGGGCGGGGGUGGAGCAAUGCCCCCUGUGCGUUGAAUAUUGUGGUGGCGCUGUGCUUGUGAGGUCGUGUAGUCCCUAUGCCUUUGUUUAAUAUAACAUGACCAGUGGUUUCCGUGUUUACAUUGGCCUUCUGCCUAAAAAGUGCAAAUUGUACUGUUGGUACUUCGUCAAGAAUACUGCUGGUGGUGGUUUAGCUGGCAAUGUGUGUCUAGCACAGCUUUGUGCCUUACCUGCAGAAGGACGAGGAGUGCGGUUUGAACACGGCUUGCUGUAAGGUGCCACAUGGUGGCUGAAGAAAUGUCAACGUGUGUGUGCCUCUCAGAGCAUCUGCGUGUGUGUGUGUUAAUCUUGUGCGGCGUUGUCGUCGAGUUUUAAAAAUGAUACUAAAUGUCGCAUUCCACCUAACGCUCGCUUCUAACAAUGCAAAGUGCUUAUAACAGUGGUGACAAUGAUACCUGCUUUGAUAUGUUUAAACAUCCACUUAAAUACAUCACAACUUUAUUAUCGUUUUACAAGGUGCUACGUGAAUAACUAAGAGCUCCGGCUUGGUGGUUUCAGGCUGUAAAACCACUCAUGUCACCGGCACUGGUGCUGUGCAGGUGCUGUCCCCAUAGCGCGGUGGGGAUGAUAUCACAGAAAAACCCAAAAUGACCAAAAUGUCAAGCUGCCAGCAACAAUGAGCACGAUGAAAGUUACAAUUGAUAUUAGUGAACACAUUUUGUCAAUCGUGCAAAGUUAUUAUUGUAAGAGCUUGGGGAAAAAAGAUGAAAGAAUUCCAAAAUGGAGCAGGGUGAGGAAAGAAGCAUUCAUUGAAGUAUUUGUGGCCUUGUGGUGGGUGGGUGAGUUGAGUUGUUGAACACAGCAUAGAUGAGAUGAGAGAGUCAGUGUCUGGUUGACCAAGUCCUCAACUUGUGACACCAUGUGUACAAAACGCAAAAGGGACCUUCACAGCAAGGGUCAGAGCAGUCCACGGACUACUGCUACGAUCCGAGGAGAACGCCUCUAUCCGUGAAUUCUUAUCAGCGGGAGAGACGUUGCUGUUUGUGUGGGAGGUGAUGGCAGCCCUCGUCUCCGUGGACAAGUUCUUGUGCCGCACGCAGCGCACGCAACGAGUAUCUGCACCGAGUGUGCCCUGCUAUUUGUGAUCAAUUACAGAUGCUCAACGUCACUCCUGAUGGAAUGGCCACAUUUUUGAUGCGUGCUUCAAAACUGUUAAGACAGAGCCUCAUACGAUCACAAGAUGUAUUGGAGGUAAAUUGCUGAGAAAUAAAUGUUCAAACUUUAUGUUAAAAUUUUAGGAAAGAUAAGACAGUUUAUAGUGUCACAGUGUUUAUGAUUUAAGCUAAAUGAUUGUAUAUGUUAAGGUGGAAUAAUUUACAUUUCUAAAUUAAAUGUAUUACCUUCAUUUGUGAAUAUUCAACGACAUAAGAUGCUGUAACUUGUAAAAAUGUUAAACCAACAUUAAAAAACGUACCUCUUUGUCCAUGCUAUGUAGGGUAAUUUAGUGUGACGGUUCAAAUUUUAAUUUCUUCCUGUGGAUUACCAAAUGUUGAUUGCUUUACGAAUAAACAACACUGCGAUCGUCACGGGCGAGAUGCGUGGGUUCAGCAGCCGGAGGAGACACCACCACUGCAUGUCCAGCAGCACUGAGCGGCUCUCUCUGUGUUUCCUGGAGGUAUUGCUGACAUUGAGCACGGCGUCCAGCCUCUGCAUUCAUAAACAAUAGAGAUGAGGGUGAGAGGUGACGAGUGUACGAUCAUGACCGGGCAGAAAGCCCACUUGUCCACGUAAAAUAACAUUGACAUGGGCCUACAUUCGUCCAUUAGUCUAUGGGUCUUCCAAACCAGUGUUUUCUUUUGUCCUGGAAAGCACUGUGUUGUAGCAAGCUGAUGGACAACAAGGUAAUUAAUGCAAGUUAUUUUAUGAUGAAAUGGCCUUUGUUGCAUAUUAAUUAUCUUUGGUACUCCACCACCAUUGGGUUUAUGUACUCAACACCUGUGUUUGUUUUUAAAUAUGCUUUGUGGAUGGGUAAUGCUGGACCCGAUUGCGCAAGUGGCUGCUUAGAACCUCUUCUGUUUUUGUACUGAAAUGUGCUUGGUUGCUUGCUUUUACGCGGGUACUGGUGGUAGUUUCCUCUCUUUAAGACCUGGUUUUAUCCAAGCUGACAAACGAGUAUGCAAGGCCGUGUUUAUACAUUGGGAAUACAAUGUAUUGGUUGUUAA